UGAUCAUAAUGAUAACAUGAGUCUUUCAAGGUUAACUCCAAGUCCCCAUACAGAUGCACAGCCUGUAAUGUACUGUGAACCAGCAUUUUGGUGCAGUAUAAGCUACUAUGAGCUUAAUACAAGAGUUGGUGAGACUUUCCAUGCAAGUCAACCUUCUAUUACUGUUGAUGGCUUCACUGAUCCUAGUAAUUCAGAAAGGUUUUGCCUGGGUCUUCUUUCAAAUGUUAAUAGAAAUACAGUUGUGGAACAAACCAGACGUCACAUUGGCAAGGGAGUUAGACUUUAUUAUAUUGGUGGUGAAGUGUUUGCAGAAUGUCUUAGUGACUCUAGUAUUUUUGUGCAGUCGCCAAAUUGUAAUCAAAGAUAUGGAUGGCAUCCUGCUACAGUUUGCAAAAUACCUCCAGGUUGUAAUUUAAAAAUUUUUAACAAUCAAGAAUUUGCUGCGUUGCUGUCACAGUCUGUGAGCCAAGGUUUUGAGGCAGUUUACCAAUUAACGAGAAUGUGCACUAUUCGUAUGUCUUUUGUUAAAGGUUGGGGUGCUGAAUACAGAAGACAAACGGUUACUUCCACGCCUUGUUGGAUUGAAUUACAUUUAAAUGGACCUCUUCAGUGGUUGGAUCGAGUUUUAACUCAAAUGGGGUCACCGCGUUUACCAUGCAGCUCAAUGUCGUAAUUUAUGAAUAUUUCUCAAAUCACUUCGAUUUCUUCCCAAAAUAUUUUUCGUGCGUAUAUUGAUUUUCUGCCGUUUCAACUAGUAUUUAUGAAGUUAUUACACUGAACCGUACAAUUCGUUAUUAAUAUUUUGGUCUCGGCUUGAUCAUCAUUGAAUUAUUGUAUUUUUAUUUAAUUGUUGUUUUUACAGAAUUUUGCCCAUU